AUGGCUUCCAAUCCAGUGACAGUCACCAUUCCAGCCAACUGUCAAGGUCAAAUCACAGCCAUAUCAAACGCAAGCUACACGCAGCGAGUCGACAUCAAACUCGACGACUUAAGCACUACGUUCACAGGCACCGGAGAGAACGUGUCCAUGACGACAACUUCCAAGUCAGACGUGUUCUUGUUCAUGCCUCUGAGCACCGAGAGAACCUGUCGACUGACAUUCAUGUUCGAUGCCGGUAAAGGUUGGCAGAAAGCCUUCGUCAACAAUCCCAUCAAGACGAGCAAAGGCCCGUUCACCACUUAUUCGAUCAAGUCGGAGGACGCUAACGAUAACGACAAUAAUGAUACGGAUGUGAACAUUGUCUGCUUUUCUACUUCUGCUUUUGGGACUACGUAG